GCAACAGCAGAGCUGCACACGAUGCAAGUCUCUGUUUCUCUCAAAAGAAAUGUUCAACUGAAUCCAGGAGCUUUUUCUCAACAACAGCAGAAUCUCUGCUAACACUGAGUGUCGAUAUGUCUGCUGUCAGCUGUCUGCUGACUGAAGGUCAGUUUCUCUGCUCCAUCUGUCUGGAUGUGUUCACUGAUCCAGUCACCAUACCAUGUGGACACAACUUCUGUAAAACCUGCAUCACUAAACACUGGGUUACUGAUGUUCCCUAUCAGUGUCCCAGCUGUAGAGAGGGUUUCAAAAGGAAACCUGAGCUGCAGGUCAAUACUUUUAUCUCAGAGAUGGCUGCUCAGUUCAGACAGUCCGCUCAACAGGAAGCCAGCAGCAGCAGCUCAGAGCAACAAUUGCCCGGACCAAAAGAAGUUCCCCGUGACGUCUACUCAGGAUCCAACAGAAGGACCUGGAUGUUCUUCUUGCUGUGUCUGAUGGGUGUCUUCAUGGCCUGGAUGGUUUCGGACCAAAAGAAGCAUCUUGUUGGUCCUCUGAAAGAAGAAUAUGAAGCAAAGAAAGCCGAGCUGUGGAAGACAGGGGCUGAAAUUCUGCAGAUGAUACAGAAGAGACGACUGAAGAUUCAGGAGAUCAAACACUCGGUGGAGCUCAGUGAUGAAGAUGCUGACAGAGAGAUAGCAGAAGGUGUUCAGGUCUUCACUGCUCUGAAGGAGUCUGUUGAGAGAAGCCUGGCCGAGCUCAUCAAGACGAUAAAAGAGAAGCAGAGAACGACAAAGCAACCAGCUGAAGGCUUCAUCUCAGAGCUGGAACAGGAAAUCUCUGAUCUGCAGAAGAGAAGCACUGAGGUGGAGCAGCUCUUACAGUCUGAAGACCAGCAACACCUCCUCCAGAGCUUCACCUCCCUGAAUGCUGUUCCACCCACCAAGGACUGGACAGAAGUCAACAUCCGUCCACCUUCAUAUGAGGGGACUGUGAGGAGAGCUGUGACUCACCUAGAGGAGAUGCUCUGUGAACAGAUGAAGAAGAAACUGUUUCAUGUCGAGCUGAUGAGGGUCCAGCAGUCUGCAGUGGAUGUGACUCUUGAUCCUGAUACAGCACAUCCUAAACUCAUCCUGUCUGAUGAUGGAAAACAAGUUAAACAUGGUGAUGUGUGGAAGAAUCUCCCGGACAACCCAGAGAGAUUUGAUAAUUGUGUUGUUGUCUUAGCAAAGCAGAGUUUGUCUUCAGGAAGAUUUUAUUAUGAGGUUCAGGUUAAAGGGAAGACUGCGUGGACUUUAGGAGUGGCCAGAGAGUCGGUCAACAGGAAGGGAGAAAUCACACUGACUCCUCAGAAUGGUUACUGGACGAUAGUGUUGAGGAAUGACAAUGAGUACACAGCUGCUGAUGGCCCUGCAGUCCUUCUCUCUCUGAAGUCUCGGCCUCAGAAGGUGGGGGUGUUUGUGGAUUAUGAGGAGGGUCUGGUCUCCUUUUAUGACGUUGAUGCUGCAGCUCUUAUCUACUCCUUUACUGGCUGCUCCUUCACUGAGAAACUCUACCCAUACUUCAGUCCCGAACCUAACUAUGGUGGUAAAAACUCUGCCCCUCUGAUCAUCUCUCCUGUCAGCCAAUAAGUAGAACAAAAAUGAUAUACAUUAUCAAAAAAAAAUAAUCUUUUAAUGCCAUACAAGUUUACAUAUAAUUUCUUUAGAUUCUGAGUAGAGAAAGAGAUCCUAGUCCAAUUCAUCCAGAGGAUAAAAAGGGGAGGCAAAAAUACUGCAGGAGGUGAAUUUAAGAUUAUAUUAUUAUUAUUAUUAUUAUUAUUAUUAUUAUUAUUAGAUAAAAUGGCAAUUUCUCAGAUUCACAACUCAGUGAAAUGUGAACACACAGACAUAAAACAUGUACAUGAUUCAUUGUGACUUUCUCUUCCUGUGGUCACUUUAUCUCUGAUGUUCAUCGUGAAUCCAGUAAAUAAAAAAGGGACUGAAGAACAUGCCUAAGCAUGAAAAAAACAUAUCAAAUGAAUCCAGUGAUAGUUGUCUGUACAACCAUGGCUACACGGCAAACGAGCUUCUGGGAGAUUAUUCAGCACACUGUGAUGGAGCAACAGGUUCUCACUCCGAACUCGUAAAAUACGGAGGCUUGGGCAGUGGCUGUCAACAUCCGAUACGACGCAAAAAGCAUCCUUCAGCGUGCAUGUCGAAUGCACCGGAGAGAGCAGCAGCUACACUGCACUUGAAGAUGAUGUAGAGAGACAACAGUAGAGAGUAGUAUGAAAGCCCGAAA